AUGAUUGAGAGGAGUCGAGGAGGAGGACGAGGAGGUGGAGGAGGAACUUCGUCCAAGUCAACAACUUCCUCAAACAGUUCAUAUACAUACUCUGAUCACUCAAGUAGUGACGACGAUUACUAUCAUCGUGGUGAUGGUGGUGGAAGUGGACAACGAGGUCGUGGAUCAUCGUCAUCAUCAACAACGUCAACAUCAUCAUCCUCAUCCUCAAACAAGAACCGAACAACGAAUGGACCAACAACUGGAGAGUACAAGACACCUGCACCAUUAACAAUCAGACAAGAGAGUUCAAAGACUUUGGCACAAGGAAGACAAUCAUCCUCAUCAUCAUCAUCACGAUCAAUGGAUGGAGCAAGGGAUAGAGUAAGAGACAGGGACAGGGACAAUGGCGCAUCACCAAACCCUCUGACCAUGUCAUCAAUAUUCCGGACAAUGACCAAUCCUGUCAAUCCAAUGCUCUCACCAAUCAAUGACAGCAGUAAUGGUGGUGGAGGUCAUUCCAUUCCAGUUGAGGACAUGGUGGACCUUAUGGACCAACCCCACCACAACACCAAGGCCAAUGGUCGAGGCCACCAACCCUCACGAUUACCCAACGGUCACCACCACUCUUCUGGAACAAUGUAUAGCGAUGAGGAGAGUGUUGGUAACAAUCACUCGCGGGUACAAUCUAGCAACAACAACACCGAUGGCAAGAAGAAGUUGAAACUCACAAUCAAACUCCAACAACAACAACAACAACAACAACAACAACAACAACAACAACAGCAACAACAACUACUACACCAUGAUCUGCUACGUCCAAAGUCAAAGAGUAGUACGGCACACUUGUUAAGUCCAAUGGUGGUCGAGAAGAAGAGGAAACCUGACGAGGACGAGGAGGUUGAUGGCAAUCUGGACCUUGAUCGUUCAGAGUUGGACGCCAACACAGCACUGUACAGCGAGGAUGAGGAAAUGUUCAAGGACAUCUCCAUCAGGAUCAAUGAUUCAGUGAGUGGCACACUUCUAAGUGAUGAUGAUAGUGAUUAUGAUCGUGAUCGUAAUCGUGGUCGUGAUCGUGAUGUCAACAGCAAUGUCAAGGUGGACUCACCAUUGCUCAAGAGUAACAACAACAACAACAAUGGUAGUAGUCGUGGCAAGGAUAGUUGGCGAGAUAACAGAGAUAAUAAUAGAGAUAAUAAUAGAGAUAAUAAUAGAGAUAGGAUAAGAGAUAGAGAUAGGAAUAGGGACAGUGGAGAUAGAAGUAAUAGACAAAGCACGAAUAAUAAUAAUAAUAGUAAUAAUAAUAAUAAUAAUAAUAAGGAUAGGGACAAUGAUAGAAGGACUGAACAAGGAUCAUCAUCAUCAUCAAGGAGAGAUUCAACAUCGACACCACCACUUCCACCACUUCCUUCCAAUCCAUUCUCAGUGUCCGAGGCUGAUAGGAUGAGUGUAGAGCUUGGUGGCUCAAGCUCAAAGAAGAGAUCAUCACCUCCAAAUAACAACAACAAUAAUGGUAGAUCGAAUGAGAAGGAUCGUGCAAGACUAUCAAGAGCCGCUGGUGGUGGCGGAGGUCAGGAGGACAAAGAGCCAAAGGAUGGAAGAGACAAGGAUAACAACAGGGAUGGAAGAGACAGAGAUAGAGAACGCGAAAGGGAUAGAGACAGAGACAGACGAGACAGAGGUGAUAGGGACGAUAGAGGUGACAGAGAUAGGGAAAGAGACAGAGGUGGUGAUAGAGACAGAGAUAGCAGGGAUGGUCGCGACAGAGGAGGUGGAGACAGAGACAAGGAAAGAGAUAACAGAGAUAACAGAGAUGAAAGAGAUAGGGAUAGAGAUAGGGACAGAGAUAACAAGGAUAAAGAGAAGGAGAAGGAAAAGGAGAAGGAGAAGGAUAGGACAAGAGAUAAGGAGAAGGAGAAGGAGAGGAGUAGAGAUACUAAGAAGGAAUCAAAGAGAGACAUGAUGGAUACAGGUGAUUCAUCAUCGGCGAAUAGUCGUGGAGGAGGAAAGAGAGGAAAGAGUGAUGAGAUCAGUCAGAAGCAGGUGAUCGAUAGACUCCACAUCGAUACAAAGAGUCUAAAAGCCAAGGCGACAGCACUCCAGAACGAGGGAGACACUGAAUGUCUUGAUAUCCUGCUCCAAGUCGGUCUUGCAUACAUCCACAUUGGACAGCUCAUGACUGAUGUUGAUCCAGCUUCCAAGACUGCAGGAUACUACGCAUCGACUGCCUCAUACUUUUUUGCCACCGCUCGUCUGGCAAUCAAUACAUUCAAACUGGAUGCGACUGGAACAUUCUUUCUUCGAUGCGCGGCAUUCUGCUUUGCCAAGUCUUUCGGUUUGAAGAGAGAACAACUGAGGGUGGCAAGAAAGGAGCUGGUUGUACAGUUCCCUGUUGGCACUCCAAAGUUAUUUAACACAGCGACGACGCCAUCAGCAUCGUCGCAUGGCAACACACCUUCAAUACCAACUUCUCCACCAUCACCAAGAGGUGGUGGCAGUGGCAGCCACUCAUCAUCGACGCUCACCGUGCCAACUGCCACGCAUGGUGGAGGACCAACAAGCUCGAACAAGAAGGUGGCAUUCUUCUUGCGCGAACUGGACGAGCUUUACAACUACUUUGAUUGCUGUGAGAGAGCUAAUAAGAUCGCCUCACACAGCCCUCAGAGUUGCCUGGCGUUUGACAAAGACUACUUUGCCUCGCCAUGCUCCCAAUUCAUCGAUCAUGUCAAGAAGGAGUGGGAGAGGCUAUCUCCCAACAAGGUCGUUGGCAACACUAGCAGCAGCAGCAGCAGCGGCAAUAUUUAUAAAUCAUAG